AUGGAUAUUUUUCUUUUGACAGUGAUGGCCUAUGACCGGUUUGUGGCCAUUUGCCACCUGCUGAGAUACACAUUCAUCAUUAACCCUCGGCUCUGUGGACUCCUUGUCCUGAUGUCCUGGAUCAUCAUGUUAUGUGUCUCGCUUAUUCAUAUUCUCCUAAUGAUGGGACUCAUCUUCUCUACAAGCACUGAAAUCCCUCAUUUCUUUUGUGAACUGGCUCAGCUUCUCAAGGUAGCCAGAUCUGAUACCCUCAUCAAUAAUAUCUUUCUAUAUGUGACAACUGUCCUGAUAGCUGUGUUUCCUGUCUUUGGGAUAAUCUUUUCUUACUCUCAGAUUGCCUCCUCCUUACUGAGGAUGUCCUCCACUGCAAGUAGAUAUAAAGCAUUUUCCACCUGUGGGUAUCAGCUCUGUGUGGUCUUACUUUUCUAUGGAACAGGACUUGGAGUUUACCUGAGUUCCGCUGGGACCCAUUCUUUACAUGAGAGCUGCGUUGUCUCUGUGAUGUAUACUGUGGUGAGCCCCACGCUGAACCCUUUCAUCUAUAGCCUGAGGAACAAGGAUGUGAAGGGGGGCCUGAGGAGACUCCUCAGCAGAGUAACCCAUGGUUAUUUAGGGACCACUGACCUCAGAACUAAGGGGAUGUUACAAACCCUAAGACUAAAGGUGUGA